GUGUGAGUUUCAGUGGGUAUCGGGUAUGUCCUCUGCCAGGAAAAACACAUCUUGCCAAUUAUCGAGUUCACGUAAAUUGCUAGAUCAGCUUGAAGACUACAUAUUAAUAACACAGUCAGUUAUGUUUUUGUCAGUGUUAGGUACACGAGCAACGAACUAACAUGGAAUUAACGAAAUGUAUUGCAGUUCUCCUGCUCAUCAUAGCAGUUACUGAAAUUACUGCAACAAAGGAUCAAAAUGCAGAGGGGACUGACUCGCCGAACAAACAAAACUUUAAUCCAUUAGGGAGUUUAGUACUAAACCAAAACAGCUCAGAGUCAACAAAAGAUUUGGUACGAGUGAAGCGCCAGUACUAUCCAGAUCCUUAUUAUUACGGAAGAGGACCAUAUUACCCAAUCCCAAUAUUUGUGGGCGGCGGCUUCGGAUUUGGAGGCUAUGGCAGAGGAUUUGCUGGACGGGGUUACGGCGGGCGAGGGUUCGGUGGCAGAGGGCUCGGCGGAAGAGGGCUUGGGGGGAGAGGCAUCGGCGGCAUUGGGGCGAGAGGUGGAUUUGGUGGUGGUCGAGGAGGUGGUGGACGGGGUUAA